UUCUCUUAGUAACAAUUAGAACAUCAAAUAACAUGCACUCAUAAGAAGGACAGAAGCAGAAUAAAGCAGCAAACAAUAAAAUAACCUUUGCGUUCUGAGGAAACUAUUAGCGAUCUUACUAUUAGAGAACAUGAGUGCUGAAAACAUGCUUUGUGAGAUGGAGAAAGGAGGAGUUAUGGUUGUCAGAGAAGUUAAACGCAGCAGACCUUGCUGGACCUGGAUUAGCAUUGCUGCUUUUCUGAUUCUUGUUACAGCCACUGUUAUCUUAACACUGUUAUACUUUCAAGUCCUGCCAAAACCCAAAGAUGGAAAACAGGUUGGACAACUCAGUGAAGAGCUGAUCAUAUCCACUGCUAUUCCCAAAGGCAAGUAUGAGGAACCUGCAUGUAUGACAUUUUUAUCUGUCACACUUUCUGAAUUAAAAUACAUAAAGGUGCCUUUUUCAUUAAAACAGAUUGGCAGUUCCUCCUUGGUUCCUGCAGCACAUUUAGUAGCUGAAAUUGAAGGUGAUAAACUACUCUGGUCUGCAGAUAGGGAUCAUGCUUUCCUGAUGAAUGGAAUGAAGCUGUCAGAAAAUGCUUUGCUGAUACCAGCAGAUGGACUAUAUUUUGUUUACUCCCAGGUUGUCUUCAGUGGGAAAGAAUACAACAGCAAAAAGCCCUGGAUGUUAAGCCAUAAUGUAAUGCGCUACUCUAAUGAAUAUGAAAAAGAUAUGGUACUUUUUGGGGCUACAAAAUCAAUUUGUGCAGAUGGUUUCUGGUCUCAACCCAUCUAUCAAGGAGCAGUGUUCAGGCUCAGCAAAGGUGACCUCCUGCGUACACAUACUGACCCUAUCUCCAAGGUUGAUGAAUCUGCAGAUCAUACAUACUUUGGUAUCUUUGCUUUGUGAAAAAUUUUCAAAACUUCUCAGAGACACGGACAAAUAAAAAAAUCUGCUACAUAGUAUGUGCACUAUAAAAGAAUCAUGGCAUCAGUUCUCAUAUUUAUCUAUUUAUUAUUUAUAUAUUAUAAAGAAAGCAGUAUGAUUAUUUAAGCUAUAGCAUAAAUGUUUUGCUAACUGGGGUUUUGUAUGACUCUUCACUCACGUCUUCAUUACCCUUGUUCAAGAAUCCAUUAUAGGGGAAGUGGAAUGUGGGAAAUAAACACUGUAAGCUUUGGAAGUCUAGUGAUUAUGAGGUUCAUACUUUUAGACAGAAGUUCUCUCCCUUCCCAGUAUGUCAUAGUGUUAAAGACUCAUGACCCGUUUUAUGGUUCAUGGAGGAAGUACAGAAUCUCUCCUGUAUUUCUAACACUAGUCUCAGGUUUAGAACCUGCUCCUUAUGUUUGAGUCAUGUUAACAUUUCUGAGUGCUGAAACCUAUUACCAGAUAGUCGUAUAAAUUAUAAAUCACUGCGGCUGAGAAGUUUAACUUAGGACAACAUGCCUUGAGAAGGCUGCUACAACACAUGUACCAUUAUGGUGCGAGGGGGUACGCUGAGAAGUUUAACUUAGGAGACCAUGCAUUGAGAAGGCUGUCCCAACUCAGAGUUGCCUGGGAAGGUGAGCUUACCUGGAUAAAAGUACCAUAUCAGAUGACGCACUGUUUUUUUUUCUACUUGAGAGCAGCUGUCACCUGUUGAUAUGAUAUUGUAAAGAUGGCUGUGUUUUGAAUGUAUAACAAAUUGAGGUAUUUAGCAAUGAAGAGUUAAAUUUGCACAACACUGUAUGAGGAGUAGGUAUCGAUCAAUUAAAAUGUAUGAAGUAUUUAACAGGCUGCACUGCACUUAUGUAACCAAGAGACUACUUUUUGUAGUUUAACACAAUGCAUAAAUAACAACCCUCUAUUAUAGAGGUGACACAGUAAAUAAUAGGAACAGUUAAUUGUUCUGUAAUUAUAAUUGUCAUAAAAUGUAUUUUUGUGACAAAAUUAUUUGUUUUAUAUUAAAAUG